AUGACUGAUAUCCAAGAAGGAGAUCAUGUCGUUUUUAAACGAGAUGGAUUAUCACGAGUGUACCAGAUGCGCAGAAACCGGGAAGUAUACUUUGAAAGGUCCAAGUUCAAGGUUGAUGACCUUAUAGGGCAACCUUAUGGGUCAACUUUUGAAAUCGACAGAGGAAAAUUGGUGAAAUUUGAACAGGAAAAAGUUGUUCAGCUCAAAGAAACUAUAUCUUCAUUGCCAGGAGCUGACAACAGGAACCUUUUGGACGCUGAGAGCAAUCAGAAGAUGUCAAAGGAUGACAUCAUGAAGAUGAAGGAUGAGGGAAUCACAGGCGAGAAAAUAAUUGAGGAGCUGAUUGAAAAUAGUGAAACAUUCAAAGGCAAAACAGAGUUUUCACAAGCCAAGUACCUGAAAAAGAAGAAGAAGAAGCACAUCUUGGUUUUCACAGUUUUAAGGCCAACACCCAGACUUGUUAUGGAGAUCUUUUCUAAGGAGCCAGGAAAAAUCUGCAAUUUACGACCAGAUACCCUCUCUCAGUUGCUGAAUUACGGUAAUGUCAUGUAUGGCAGCAAUGUUGCAGUUGUGGAAACAUGCCAGGGCCUGGUUCUUGCCAGUCUGUUACAAAGGAUGGGAGGUGAAGGGAAGCUUAUUCAGCUUGUCCCCAAUACAAGCAAUUCAGUCUGUCGGCAGGUGAUGGACUACUUCAACUUUCCAAAAGAGCAUCUUGACAAUGUCUACAUGUUUCCACUUGACACAUUUUCAACCAUCACUGAUGACACAGAGGAAACAGAUGGAAAUUCAGCAGCAAAUUUAAAUCUAGAGACCAGCUCUGAAAAAACUGUUACUGCACCCACAGAUGCUGCUUCUACUGAUGGAGGUGAUAGUUCAAUUGACAGUAAAACACUUAUGACUGUUGGUGGAGUUCUUGUGGAAAGCAGUGAUAAGUCUGACCAGUCAGAAAAUGCUGCACUGUUGAAUAUUCCAGGGAAAGCUGCACCUUCUACUGAUGUUGCUGAGGCAAAUGAUGUGACCAUGAAAGACAAUGAUGCACUCAUAGAGAACGCUGCUGGUGGUGAGGUGAUAGGUGGCAAGAGACAAUUGCCUCCAAAUCGAGAUUUGCAGAGACAGCUAAAGUUGCAGAAGCAGAAGGAGGCUGGGCAGAUCAUCAGGAACAAACAACUUGAUAGCCUGAUCCUGGCAUGCAAGUACAACCCUUUGCCUAUCUUGAUGACGAUGCUGGAAUUCCUGCCUCCUUCUCGCCCAGUUGUUGUCUACUGUCAAUAUUUGGAACCAUUGGUUGAAUGCUACACACAGAUCAAGAAAAAAGGAAUAGGACUUCAGUUGAGACUGUCAGAGACUUGGUUCAGAGAAUAUCAGGUUCUCCCUCAAAGGACUCAUCCACUGAUGAACAUGAGCGGAACAGGAGGUUACCUGCUCACUUUCAUGACAGUACAGCCAGUUAUUGAGAAAGUACAAUCAUGA